AAUAAUUGGAGAAUACAUUGGUUUUUUAUAGACUUAGCCAUUUUUAAUAAACAAAGGUUUUACGUGCCAUAGAAAUUAAUUAUUUUACGAGUUAGCACUGUGUUAUUAAAAUUUUACGAGUUGCCUGCCAUAUCAGUGUGCAGAUUGCUAGCAUAUCACUAUUGUAGUUACAUACGACAGCGGACAAAUCAUGUUUUCAAAAUCGAUUUAUAUUUAUAUUCGAAUUCUUUUUGUUUCCUUCGAUUUACCGAUACUUCUCGCUCAAUCAGAAGGAUCGCAUGAACUAUUUAAAACUGAUUGGCACAUUCGCUGUAAACUACAGCCCAAUGGUUACGACUGUACUAGGAAUGAAUCAAUGACCCAUAGGUUUUAUUACGACCUGAAAAUGAAUGCUUGCAAAACAUUCCAGUAUGGCCUUUGUGAAUUGCAAUUCAACGGUUUUCAUACACUUCGAGAAUGUUCCUCUACAUGUGACGUAAUUGGACACCAAUUUCUCACCGAAGAAGAACAGGCAAAAUUUUCUGACGACACAAUAUGUCGCUUGCAAUAUGACUUUGGAUCUUGCAACAAUUACUAUCCAAUGUGGUACUUCGAUGUGACUGAGCGUACUUGCAAGAGCUUCUCUUACAGUGGCUGUGGAGGCAACAAUAAUAGAUUUGCAACACCCGGGAUGUGCAACACUAGAUGUCAAACUGCUGUCGGCGAUUAUAAAAUAGCAAAAACUAUAAAGAAAAGUCGAUAGACUAAACAAAACUUACUAACUAGGUAAAAGUAAAUGUAUUAAAGUUAGGUAAAUCUGUACAAUUAUAAACUAUUGUUAGAAAUACCUACUGGCUACGUAAUAAGCUUUUCUUGUGUAAAUAAACUUAAACUUAUUGAUUAGCAAUAUGCAGUUCAGCGGAAGGAGGCGAUGAUUUGUUAACUAAGAAAAUUAUAAUGCGCUACGUAUCGAUCAGUUUAGUAAUGAUUUCUUAUCUUUAAAGAAAAACUUAAAGAAAAGGAAAGCAUUUCUACGAAAAGCGAGAGAAUUAUCAAUUGCGGUUUUGCGGUUAACAAUGAUUGACCUCAAAAAGCCGCUUGGCCGGUCUUCAUUGCACCGAGGGCCGAGUCACGAUUCAAUGAAAGUAUUUUAUUAUUUAAACCCCUAUGGCGUCAUUGCCAUAACCUAUAGAUAACUUGUCCAACACCAAUAACUAAAUACUCGUUUCUCGACCAGUGUUAAACUGUCAAACACCAAGCGGUCACCGGUGACCGCAACCUAUUGUUCUAUAAUUGUGUCUACAAAACC